UGAAGCAGUCCUGACGGGGGAAGCAACGAGCACCGGUCUCGUGCAACCUAGCCUUACUGACUGUCUCAGCCCUUCUGGAUUAAGACUUCGAAGAUCUUUGAAGUACAAUGACGAGGUCAACCUUUGCCACUGCGUUCGCUACCCUUUCAGUGCUUGCCAUCAGAGCUGCAGCUGAGAGCUGUGAAGAGGUGUGGUUUGUCGAGGGGUCCUUUGUGGGCGAAACCUUUACCUGCGGCGAACGGAUUGUGUAUUUGCAAACUCCUCAAGGAGGGGGCAAGACAGAGCAGGAGGCUCGCGUCCAGGCGUCCUUGGAAGAACUCAAGUGUGCUGACUGCUGGCCCUGGGAAAAGUACCGAGAAGACGGAGAGACUGAGAGGUCUCCCAAGCGUGGGAUUGCGAUCGAGAACCACAAGCUCACUCCGGAAUCAUUGUCUGGACUCUCGCAGAUUGUAUCCUGGGGUGUGACGUGGCACUACAACCUCACAGAUGGACCAGACCUUGAAGUUUGGAACAUGGCUGGAGUUGACUUCGUGCCUCUCAUUUGGGGCGCAGGCUCUCUCCCACUUGCUCAGGCUGAUGGCCUCCCUGAGGGAAGAAGCACAUUGUUGGGUUUCAAUGAGCCAAACUUUCCCAACCAGGCCAACCUGGAUCCAGAAACUGCUGCUAACCUUUGGAAGGAUGUCGAGGCAUUGGCAGAGGAGCACAACAUCUCCACUAUUGUCUCUCCAUCCAUGAAUUGGCAUGUCUCAAUGGAUCCGAUUGAAUGGCUUGAACGUUUCUUUGCUGCCUGCGAGGGUUGCCAGGUGGAUGCCAUUGGGAUACACGUCUUCACCUGCUACGCGGCAGGGCUGAAGUAUCACUUGGAUCGGUAUCGUGUGUUCGGAAAGCCCAUGUGGAUCACAGAGAUUGCUUGCUCUGAUCCGAAUUCUCCAGAGCGGCUUUCUGCAGAGGGGCAGAUGGCAUACAUGAUGGAGGCCAUUCCACUGCUGGAAGCAGAUGAAGAUGUUGCAAAGUAUGCCUGGUUCAGCUACUUCAAGAAUGAGUGGGAACAUCCAAUUGUGGAUGGUGAGAAUGGUGAUGCUGGCCUGAUUUUCCCAAAUGGAACGCUCACGCCGUUGGGAAAGCUCUACAAGAACUUUGCGGCUGGAACCAACCUGACCGAGAUUAACAUCACUGAGCCGUCAUCUACAACUACUGUGAGUCAGACCAAGACAGUCACCUCCACCACUUCCAUCACGGCCACAGGAUCUUCCACGCAAACCUUCACCGGGGAGACGUCUUCAACCAAAGAGUCUACAGAACCAACAACGGAGUCCACGACAACCACUGCUGCGGUGUCUUCGACUUCAUCAACCGUAGAGGCCACAGCACCAACGACAGAAUCCACAACUGUGGCAGAAUCCACGACAGAAUCCACGACCGCUUCUACUACGGCAUCCACUGCUGCAUCAACCAGUCAAGAGCCAUCAUCAGUGUCUCAAACGACGGCAACACAAAGCAGCACCGAAAGCUCAACGACAAAAGAGGAAACAUCCACCACUACUUUGCAAACGGAGAAAGUGACAACUCCUCUCCGCUCUUUAUCAACAAUGACUGCGCCAAGUACAACCUUGCCUGAGGGCGGCGAGUCGACAACAACCGAAGAGGUGGAUCAAGAGGAAAAUGUCACAAAUGAAACCUUCUCCUGCACCGAAGCGGUUGAUGCUUGGUGCCAAUCUGACCCUGCUUCAGCACCUUUCUUUCCACUGCGGCACUGCUCUGAUUGGAGGCUGCAUGAUGCUAUGUGCUCGUCCCCUGGUGGUGGGAACAAUGCACCACAGUUCGCUGGAACCACCGAGCUGGAAGAUUCAGGCAGUUUUCCUGCCCUCUUCUUGCUCCUGGCUGUUUUGGGUGCUGCAAUGGCUGGUGCUGCCUUGGCUUCCCUCUUCUACAGGAGACAGAAUCACAAGUGCAUUCUGUGCUGCGGGCGAAACAAGAAGGAGGAGCAGGAGCAAGAAGACCUGAAGCGCGCCAUUUCUCAGAAGUCCGACUGGCAAGGAAACUGCCUGCCGGUGAUGUGCAACAGAAAUGGUCCAAACUCAAAGGUUGCCCCCGAGCCUGGAUUGCUGCUACCAAUGGAGGCGGUGGCCCGGCGAGUGGGAUCUUCUCCUGUUGCUGCCGAUGUGUGCGGAUCGCCCGUCAUUGGCACUUUGAGCAAAAAGGGCAAUGCUCCUGAGGUCGCAGUCGGUACUCCCGUGGGUACAACUCCGGCCUCAAGAGCAGCAGCAUUGAGCACGCUGACAGAGGCCAUGGCCAAAGCAACCUCUGCUGAUGUUUCUUUGGAUGAGAGGGAAAUAGCUCUCCAUCAGGCUGGCAGAGUCCUUUGCAGCAAAGCUGCUCUCAACUUGCCAUUGGCUCUACGACAGGAGGCAGAGACUUGGCACAGUCGUCAAGAGGAGAGGCUAAACCUUGCCAAGAGUAUGGAGGCUGUGGUGGAGCGUGCUGCAAAUCUGGAAGAAGCUGCAGAAUGCGAGGCGACUGCAGCAGACCCGCUUGGGGCACUCCUCUCCCGUGCGAUGGUGGCCGACAAAGUGGAACUCGAGGCAUUGUUGGGAGAAUCAGCUCGCCGUGCGAGUGCCUUUGAGGAUGAGUUGGACAAUCAGAGGAUCAGGCUUCACAGGGAGCCACGCCCUGCCAACCAGUCGUUGUUGACUGCUGCUGACCUGAUGAAACAGACCAGCGACCUGACGGAAAUGCAGACGAAGGCAGCCAGGGAGCUGACCGAAUUGCAGGCAUUGCAGGAUCCUGGCGCUGGUGAAGAGUGGAAAACAGCUUGUGACUCGCUUGAAACCAAGUGGAAGCAGUUUGUGGCAGAUUCCGGUGCAGCAGUGCAGGAGGCACAGGCAGCCCUGGCUGCAAAUAGAACUGCCAAGAUCCUGAGCUCUGAUGCUGAGCGUGAAGCUGCCUUGGCAGAGGCCGCCAGGAGACAAGCCACUUUUCAGGAGGAAUUGCAGAAGCAGCGCCAAAAACUUCAAAAGCGAACCAAGGCGAAGUCGGCUGCACCGACGCCCUUGGAACUCGGACGUCUCCUGGAGGACGAAGGUGUUCUGCAGGCACUCGAACUAGACAGGGACACGGCCAUGAAGGAGUGUCAACAGUUCAUCGACACUGCUGAAGCUCGGCACUGCGAUGCAGAAGCCAACCAAUGGAAAGAACUCCUGCAGGGCUGGCAAAUUGUCAAGGAAGACAUGGCUCAGGUGGCCAGCAGCAAUCAGGAGUUGAGCCAGGCAAUGCCAGAAGCAACCGUGUGGGCUUCUGCUGCCUCAAAAGCAAAGAUUGGGAAAGUGACCGUGGAUGACGAUGAGCAACUUGCAUUGCUAGCAGAGGCUGCAAGAUGCGCAGCAGCGUUUGAUGAGGAGUUACAGAAGCAGCGGCAGCAAAUGAAAAAGCGAAGAAAGGCGCUGCAAAAAGGGGGCUCUGAACAGGCAACGGAUCCCUUGGAUGUUUGCCGCACCAUGGCGGACGAAGAAGCCUUGAAGCGCCUUUCCAGACAGCAGGCUGAGGCUCAUGCCAAAUGCCAGGCAAUGGCCACCUCGGGCGAGGGGAUGUCAGAAGCUUGGGAGCAACUUGCCGCUACCUGGGUCCAGAUGGAGAAAGACAUUAACAAGGCCGAGAAGGAGGUGUCUGAAGCCUCGAAAGUGGUCACCAGUGAUGCACACAGUGAAUUGGUUGCGGCUUUGGGUUUGGCGCAGGAUGGAGAGGUGGCCAGGGAUGCAGAAGCACUGCAAGAGGCAGCCCGGCGAAUUGCAGUCUUCGACGAGGAGCUGGCAAAGCAGCGGGCAGCGAUGCGCCGCCGCCGAUCUGAAAACCCGCAAGGAGCAAACGCGUUGGGUGCUGCACUCUUGGAGGGUGAGGCAUUGAAAGCUUUGGCAGCUGAGUGCGCGGAGGCUGUAGCAGUCUGCGAGGCUGCAGCUGCAGAAGCCUCAAAGGAAGGUGGCCAAGCCGAGCCCUGGCAGGACAUUCUCAAGGUUUGGGCAAAUCUUCGGGCAGACUUGGCAGAGGCAACCGAAGAGGCAGAAGCUGAAGCAAAGACAUGCCGCGCUCAGGAGGCAUCUGAAGCUCUUGCCGCCCAUGGCGUGGCGGCAGCAGCAAGACGUGCUGUGGCUUUUGAACAUGAGCUGGGUCAGUUGACGCGCGAAGGUGCACAUGAAUCGGGCGCCGUGGAAGCUGACGUCCGCCGUGCUCACAAGACCGCCUUGGUGCAGAAGUUGAAGACUGAACAUGCGGAAGGUCUUGCCUUUUGUGAAGCCAAAGUGGCAGCAACACGUGCCGAAGAAGAAACACCACACCUGGUCGAGUGCCGCAAUGCUUGGCAAGAGCUUGUUGAACUGUGGCAAGGUUUAGGCAAAGACCUGGAGACUGCAGCACAGGAGCUGGCAACCUCAACGGAACCAGCUGGUGCCCUGCGGAAGAUCUUAGAUGCAAGCGUCAGCGAUGCCGAGCGGCAGAAAGCUCUAGCAGAAGCUGCUAGACGUGCGGCCCAGUUUGAUGAAGAGCUGCAACGCCAACGGCAAAGGCUUGUGCGACGCAAGAAGGUGGGAGAGAACAUCAGCAGCCGAGUGUUGGCUUUGGGAGAUGCCGUCGAGCUUCAGGCUCUGGCGGCAGAUCAAGAAGCAGCAAAGUCAGCUUGCACGGGCCACAGCCAAGAGGCCUUGACCAAAGCAGAAGCAAGCAACGAUGUGGAGCAGGCACAGGGCUGGAAGCAGAUCAUGGAUGUGUCGAAUCCUUGGUUCUUGAUCAACCCUCGCCUUUCUCAGCUGGGGCACAGCUUUGUGUAUGAUGAAAAGGCCGCAGAGAAGUACAUUUGGCUUCAUCAGCUGACAUUGAUGCCAAAGGUCGAGCUCGUGGAGAUGAGAUGUGGUUUGGCAUGUGAGAUGCUGCCGGAAGUUUCCCAGGUUCAGAUCACCAGGGAUGCCUACCCUCUUGACACACGGGGCUUGGUGGUGCGAUAUGGUACUGAUGACUGUGCGAUUGUCUUUCGUGGCUCCAAGAGCCUGGUGAACUACCUCCUGGGAGAUUUUGACAUCCGCCAUGAGAGCCCCUUCAGUUCUUGCCCAGAGUGCAGAAUUCACAGAGGAUUUUACAAGUCUUGGCAGAGCCUGAAGUCUCAAACCAUUGAAGCUCUGAAAGAGCUCAAAUGUGAGUCGAGCCCAUUGCGAAUUACAGGCCACUCGCUAGGUGGCUCUAUGGCAAUGCUAGCUGCCUAUGAGCUGUCCAAGAACUACACGGUGAAGGAAGUCUACACUUUUGGGCAGCCUCGUGUUGGCAACGAAGCCUGGGUGCAAGCAUUCCAAACCAAGAUGAUCAACGUCCCGUACUUUCGGGUUACCGACUAUAUGGACCCUGUACCACAUUUGCCUCCCAGCUGGUUGAUGGGAUAUCGCCAUGCCGGUCCAGAGGUGUGGUACAACGCAACCAUGCUUCAGCACUACAAAAUCUGCAGUGAUGGCAAUGAUGAGACGUGCAGCGCGCAGUUCUCACUUUGGCGGUGCAUAUUUCAUGCCUGUGAUCAUUGUUCCUACCUGGGAAUGAAUCCAUGCGUGGCCAAUGAUGCUGAGCCCGAAUGUAUGCAAGGCGAUCUAAAGUAA